AUCAACGGCGGGGCCGACGGUUGUGGAAACCUGUGUCGCCUUCCGCUGCCAUGCCGGGCACCGGGCGCUGAGGGACCCUUGGGCCCGGUGGGCGGAAUGGAGAAUCGGGAUGUGCCUCCAGGCCCUUAUCGGGCCACCAAGCUGUGGAAUGAAAUUACCACAUCUUUUCGAGUGGGAAUGCCCCUAAGAAAACAUAGGCAACACUUCAAAAAAUAUGGCAACUGUUUUACAGCAGGAGAAGCGGUGGACUGGCUUUAUGACCUAUUAAGAGCUAAUAGCAAUUUUGGUCCUGAAGUUACAAGGCAACAGACUAUCCAGCUAUUGAGAAAAUUUCUUAAGAAUCAUGUAAUUGAAGAUAUCAAAGGCAAAUGGGGGACGGAAAAUCUUGAUGACAACAGUCAGCUAUUCAGAUUUCCUACAAGUUCUCCACUUAAAACUCUUCCACGAAGGCAUCCAGAAUUGAGAAGAAACAGCAUAGAGAAUUUUUCCAAAGAUAAAGAUAGUAUUUUUAAAUUGCGAAACUUAUCUCGAAGAACUCCUAAAAAACAUGGACUACAUUUCUCUCAGGAAAAUGCAGAGAAAAUGAACUGUGAAAUAAUUGAUGAAGAUCAAGAAAAUGUAGCUGAUAACAGAGAAAUAAGCCAGAAAGAUGUUGAAGAAGUUUGGAGAUAUGUUAUUCUGAUCUACCUGCAAACCAUUCUAGGUGUAUCCUCCCUAGAAGAAGUCAUAAAUCCCAAACAAGUUAUUCCUCAGUAUAUAAUGUACAACAUGACCAAUACAAGUAAACAUGGAGUAGUUAUACUGCAAGACAAAUCAGAUGAUCUUCCUCACUGGGUACUAUCUGCCAUGAAGUGCCUAGCAAAUUGGCCAAGAAGUAAUGACAUGAAUAAUCCAACUUAUAUUGGAUUUGAGCGAGAUGUAUUCAGAACAAUUGCAGAUUAUUUUCUAGAUCUCCCUGAACCUCUACUUACCUUUGAAUAUUAUGAAUUAUUUGUGAACAUUUUGGUUGUUUGUGGCUACGUCACAGUUUCAGAUAGACCCAGUGGGAUACAUAAAAUCCAAGAUGAUCCACAGUCUUCAAAAAUUCUUCAUUUAAACAAUCUGAAUUCCUUCAAAUCAACUGAGUGUCUUCUUCUCAGUCUUCUUCAUAAAGACAAAACAAAAGAAGAAUCAGAUACUACUGAGAGACUGCAGAUAAGUGAUCAAGGAUUUCAAGAAAAAUAUGCUAAGAAAAUGCAGCUAGUUCAUUUAAAAAACAGAAGAGCCAGUGCUAAUGACAUAAUGGGAGGAAGUUGUCAUAAUUUAGUAGGCUUACGUAGAAUGCAUGUUCUAUCCUCUAACAUCAAACCAAGGUGCUAUUCAUUAGAAGGAAUUGUAGAUUUACCAGGGAGUUCAAGUAAAGAGGUCUCCAGUGUCUUCCAUCAAUCUGUUCUGAACAUAGAAGGACAAAAUAAUAAGCAAUCUUUAGAGUCUGAGACCAAACAGGAAUCCCUGAUGAAUCUUCAUUCAGAGGAAAGUAUUCAAAAGCCAUUCUCUGUUGGUUAUAAGAGAACCUCCACUUUGACCAUUCAAGACCAAGAGGAGUUAUAUAAUGGAAAGUGCAAACCAAAACAGCUUUGUAGAUCUCAGAGUUUACUUUUAAGAAGUAGUACAAGAAGGAAUAGUUAUAUUAACAUGCCAGUGGCUGAAAUUAUCAUGAAACCAAAUCUUGGACAAGGCAGCACCAGUGUGCAAACAGCUAUGAAAGGUGAACUCGGAGAGUCUAGUACCACAAUCAAUAAAAGACUCUGCAAAAGCACAAUAGAACUUUCAGAAAACUCUUUACCUCCAGUUUCUUCUAUGUUGACUGGCACACAAAGUUUGCUGCAACCUCAUUUAGAGAGGGUUGCCAUCGAUGCACUGCAGUUAUGUUGUUUGUUACUUCCCCCACCAAACCGUAGAAAGCUUCAACUUUUAAUGCGCAUGAUUUCUCGAAUGAGUCAAAAUGUUGAUAUGCCCCAACUUCAUGAUGCAAUGGGUACAAGAUCACUGAUGAUACACACUUUUUCUCGGAGUGUAUUACGCUGUGCUGAAGAAGUAGAUCUUGAUGAGCUUCUUGCUGCAAGAUUAGUAUCUUUCUUGAUGGAUCAUCAACAGGAAAUUCUUCAAGUGCCUUCUUACCUACAGGCUGCAGUGGAGAAACAUCUUGACUACUUAAGAAAGGGCCAUAUUAAAAAUCCUGGAGAUGGAGUGAUUGCUCCUUUGCCAACGUAUUCAUACUGUAAGCAGAUCAGUGCUCAGGAGUUUGAUGAACAGAAAGUUUCUACCUCUCAAGCUGCAAUUGCAGAACUUUUAGAGAAUAUUAUUAAAAAUAAGAGUUUGCCUCUAAAGGAGAAAAGGAGAAAACUAAAACAGUUUCAGAAGGAAUAUCCCUUAAUAUAUCAGAAAAGAUUUCCAACCUCUGAAAGUGAAGCAGCACUUUUCGGUGACAAACCUACAAUCAAGCAACCAAUGCUAUUUUUAAGAAAACCAAAGUUUCGUAGUUUAAGAUACUAAUUGAAUUGAAAAUUAUGUAAUACUUCUAGAACUUUGGUAAGUGAAGCCAUAUGUAAGAAUUCAGGUACUAAAAAGGAAGUCUAUUUAUUAAUAAGGUUUUUUUUUCCCAUUUAUUUUUAUUAGUUGGAGGCUAAUUACAAUAUUGUAGUGGUUUUUGCCAUACAUUGACAUGAAUCAGCCAUGGAUUUACAUAUAUUCCCCAUCCCAAUCCCCCCUCCCACCUCCCUCUAGGUUUUUUUUUUUUUUUUUUUCAAUAAAACAUUAUAUAAGGAGGUGCCAAAUAGUUUUUAUCAAUGUGAAGCUGCUAAGAAACUAGUAGAUCUUAACUGAGAGCAAAUAACAGUAGGUGAUACCAGGUAUUUUAACGAGAAAUGAUCUUUUGUUUUUUAUACAGCUAUCUGGAAAAGUUAUCAUGAUGUGUGCUAAAACUGUAUUUACUUGAAUUUUGAAAACUGACAUUUGCUCAUCAAGAUUAAGCUGUAAUUCUCUUUAAAAAAAAAAAAAACUUAUCUGCACAUGCUUAUGGAUGUUACUUAAAGAACUAGUUGUUUUAGUUGUUUAUAAUUACUUUUGUUUCUAAGUGCAAGAAUGUGAAGAAUAUUUGGAAACUUGAUGAAUUAAUUUUCAUCUACUAAAUAUUGCACUCUUAUAUAUUCUUUUUCUACUUUUGAUCUAUUUAUAUAUCUAUGUUUUUAAAAUAUGUAUAUAUAAGACUUGGAUUUGCCUUUAAUGUUUACCCCAACUGCUUCAGUCAUUCAUUCUUUUCCAGUAAAUAUCUUUUGCAUUCUAAUUGUCAUGAAUCUACAAGAAGGUAAAGAUAUGAAAGAAGUAGAAAGCAAUCAUAUGUUCAUUUAAAAGAUAUUUAUUUAGCAACUUCUUUAUGCCUUUCAUUUUUCAAGAUGUGGGAAGAAAAUGAUGAAUAAAACAAAAAACCUCUUCCCCUAAAAUAUUUUCUAAUCAAGGAAAAUAUACCUAUUAUAUACUUAAAAUAACAGUACACCCCCUGAAAUCAAGUCAUGAGGAUUCAUUCCUACUGAAAACUAGCCUUUUUAAUGAUGAAACAGUUCUUUAAGCUAGUGUUUUUUAAAUUGGUGCAUAUUAGAAGCACCAGGAGAGUUUUAAAAAAUGCUCAGGUCCUACCUUAUAUUGAUUAAAUCAAAAUUUUAACGGAUGGUAUAUAGGCCUCUAUAUUUUUUAAACUCUCCAGGUGAAUCCAAUAUUCAGCCAACUUUGAGAAUCAGUGCCCUAAAUACUUUGUAUAAAUAAAAUGUCAAACUGGUAUCACAUUGGCUUUAUUAUUUCAUGGAAGAAAAUCCCAAGUGUAAGUUCCUGUCAUCUUGAUAGAAGAUUCUCCAAAUUUCUGCUUGACUAUCAGUACAAACUUGAAGCAAUUUUUCUUCCAAAUUUUUCUGAAGAUUAUUUGAUAUCUAUUUGGUAAGUGUAAAGAUAUAUAUACUGACUGGGAUGUAAUAGACAUCUAUUGUUCAGUGGUGGUUUUGAUUUCUCAGUGUAAUGUCAUACAGUAAAAUGACAAUGUUCCAUUUGAGAUUAAUAUUUUUAUUAAAAAUAGGAACAGAAAAUAACAUAUCUUUUACCCAGAAACCUUAGCUAAAAAUAUAGAACCAAAUUAGAAUUCUUCCCAAGGUGUUUAUAGACUCAAAAAUUACUUGUUUAAAGGUGUGCACUAGUGUGAAUUAUGUUGUGUAUUGUGAUAAAAACUACUGUGGGUUUUGUAACAAUUUAAUUUUAUAUUUAUUGGUUGAUAUUAAGUAUAUAAAUACUAUAAAGACAUAGUAAACUUUCAUAUCCAUUCGUGUGCAUUCAAUUGAGGUUAAAGAGUACAUGAUGUAACAUUUUAAUAAUGUGAACUCUGAAGUCAGGUUUGAAUCCUAUUGUGCUAUUUACUAUGUAACCACAGACAAGUUAUUUAACUUCUCUAAAUCCCAGUUUUCUCUUAUCUGUAUGAUAAAGAUUAUAAGAGUACAUGUCUGCUAGGAUGUUGUGAGCAUUAAAUACAAUAAUGCAUGAGAGAAGUGUUUAGCAAAGUAUCUAGCAUAAAAUAGGCACUCUAUAAAUAUUAGAAAUUAAUACUAGGAACACCUAGAAUUAUAGCAUUAGAAGAGAUUGUAGGAAAAAAUAUAGUCCUCUCAAUUGCUUUGAGCAAAAGAGAAGGGACCAAAACAAAUUGUGAACAAUUUCUUGUUAAACUAAUUUGUAGUGUGUCUCUUAUUAAACUAUUUUUAAUUAUGAAAGAAAACUUCUGAUUGUACAUACUGGUUGAAAAUAUUUGGUCUAGUAUAAAGAAAAAAAUUAAUGAGAAAAGAAAACAUUAAUAUCUUCAGAAGCAGUCCUUGAAUAUGUGAAAACAUACAGGAUGCAUUACACAAGUAGAAUGCUUAGCCUUUGACUGGGGUGUGGACAGAUACCAUUGUAUCAGGGGGAAAAAAGAGUUUUUAAUUUCAAAUAUUGAUGGGUUGGUUUGAUGUUAAAUGCUUAUAGAAAAUUUCUUCUAACACUUUUACUUCCUUGGGAAAAAAGAAUCAAAAUUAGCCCUUGAAAGUAAAGCAUUUUGGGGAAGAUGUUGCAAAUUUCAAGGAAGAAGAUAUGAAAUGGUCUAGCAAAUCUGUUGGAACACGUAGGAAAUUUUAUUUCUGGUGCCAAAAGUUAUCACCACCAAGCAUUCCCACUAGCUUCUGCUAAUUGCUGUCAUUUAGGGAUCCACUCUUCUCAUAUACUAUCUAGUUAAUCUAUACUCAGUAGUGGAAAGUACAAAGAAUUUCCUCCUGACUAGCUUUCUGUCCUUGGAAAGUGUAAACUCUGAGUUUCCUCAUCCAUAAAAUAUGAAUAAUAACAUCUACUUAACCAAGUUGAAAGGAUAAUUAAGAGAGGCAAUGUAAUGUAUUUAAAUCUUGAACUUAGCAAGCCUAAGCUCAAUUUCUAGGUCCUUUCCUCUUAUAUUGAAUUUAAUAAAAUUUCUGCUGAUUAAAACUCCUUUCCUU